AUGAUGACCCAUGGAUCAUGCAAAUUUGAGUGCAAAUCUUGGCUCUUUCAUCUUUACCCCAAUCCAUCUCCAAUUCCUGCUGCCCCGUGCAAAGUCCAUCCAUCAGCCACACGAUCUGUAUUUGAUCAGAUAAGUCCUAGAUUGCUUAUAUCAAAAAAGUCAAAUCAUAAACAGACUAUCCCAUCUGUACAACACUACCUCAGUAUUCGAGCGCAUACACCGCCUAGUGAUAAUCUGCUUGAUCUACCCGGAUGA